UAGCAUUGUAAUUUGGGUAUUUACAUUUGUAAUUGCUUUGGUCACUUUUUAAAUAUUGUAUUUAAGGACAUAUUCUCGCUUUAACAUCAGUAAUUUAAAAAAUGGUUGAAAGUAUCAGAGCCUAAAAAAUUGCUAGACCUGACCCUGUUUUGACGAGCGUUUCCUCUUUCACUUCAACCGCAUACUCAUACUACACUAAGCACACGCACGCACGUACACACACACACACACACACACACACACACACACACACACACACACACACAAGCUGCAGACACUCUGUUGGGGCGUUAUAAACCUCCACAUCUCUGUCAGCCUUUAACAGAUGCUUCUCACACUACCCCAGUAUCACCAGGGGAGAAACUCAGGAUCAGUCUGAUUGAAAAACUUCUACUUCUAAAAAAGAGGUGGAGCAAUUUAGGAUUUCCACAAUUUAGUGAAUGGAUUGUGUGACUCAUGGAUACUGUACAUUGUAGGAGUCACAGUUUAAGUCGUUUCAACUACUUUCACAUUAAACCACUGAGGGUGUGUCUGGGUCACUGUUACUACUACGGCAUGCAGGAUGGGACAAACUCGCUCGGAUCUAUCGCACAGCAGCACCACCAGCCAAGGCAGAGCGAAGUGGAAAGCAGGCGAAACAGCCCAGCGACUCCGUGUCUGCAGAUUUAGGAGCGGAGAGAAGCGACGGAGCGAUCAGUUAAACAGGAAUCCGAUGAAAAAUAAAGUGUUAUCGUGUCUGGGAAGGAGAAAGCGAGACUCCAGCCAAACUGAAGCGGAUUUAGGUUGCGGAAACGGAGCCGGAGAUCUAGCAACGCGCUGCGAUCACAGAGUAGGAAAGUUGCCGAGGGACGAGAUUGUGUCGGCGGUUGGGGAACACCGAGCAUCCCCGGGGUGUUUUGAGACGCAACCCGGCCUCGAUGAUCAUGCCGAAGCUACCCAACACGCCGUGAACCGAGAGGCCAGCUCGUCCGAUGCGUCAGGUUUGGAAAAGCGGACUGGUGAAGUCGAGGAGCCGAAACCCGAGCGAGAGGACGAUGCCUCGGAUCCCCCGACGAGGGCCAUGGAAGAUCAGCCACUGGGGGGAAACAACCAGGGUCUUAUUGUGUCUGAAUUAACGGGGACUAGUCUGAGUUCAGCCCCGCUGCUCACCUCUGACCCAGACACUGAGCGGACUUUCUCUAGCGUGUCCCCGGAUCAACCUUUGGAUAGUGUGCUGUUGAUACCGGACGAUCACGCUGAGGAUAAAAUGACCAAAAGUGACUGCAGUACAGUUUCAUGUCGGCCCAAAACUAGUUGGGGAAAGUGAGAGCCGAAAGGACUCUGAUCGGGCCCCUCAAGGUCCCCAAAGUUUCCCAGGAACCAUACCAAAACUCAUCAUAACUAGAGACCCCAGUCCGAGCCGCCCUCACGGGUCACCGACCCUGCUGACCGGCUCGUGUCUGGAUCCUCACCUGGAUGAUGAGUCCCCCUGCUCGGACAGUGGCUGCGGUGGAUCCCCUGCGCUCAUGCGCUCGCUGAGGAAGCUGUCCAACUCCUCCUCCAUCGGCCUGUCCUCUGCCUCGUCCUUCGAGGAGUCCGAGGACGACUUCACCGGGAGCGACAUCGAGUCCAGUCUGUCUCCAGCCCGGUCUAUGUGUAGCCCGGACGAUGGAACAGGGAAUAAGUCCUGGCAGAAACUAAAGACCAUGGUUCACUGGUCCCCCUUCGUCGUGUCCUUCAAGAAGCGUUACCCAUGGGUGCAGCUAGCUGGCCACGCAGGUAACUUCCAGGCUGGGGAGUACGGACGCUUGUUGAAGCGGUACUGUGAGUGUGAGCAGCAGUGCCUACAGAAGCUGAUGAUGGACACUCUGCGCCCCUACGUGCCGGGUUAUCACGGUGUAGUACAGAGAGACGAGCAGGACUACAACCUGAUGGACGACCUGCUGGCUGACUUCGACUCGCCCUCCAUCAUGGACUGUAAGAUGGGCACCAGGACUUACUUGGAGGAGGAGCUGUUAAAAGCCAGAGAGCGUCCACGUGUGCGGAAGGACAUGUAUGAGAAGAUGGUGGCAGUGGACCCCGGGGCCCCCACAGAGCAGGAGAGGGCCCAGCAGGGAGUCCUCAAACCCAGAUACAUGCAGUGGAGGGAGACACUCAGCUCCACAGCCACCCUUGGCUUCCGCAUCGAAGGCAUCAAGAAGGCUGAUGGAACUUGUAACACCAACUUUAAGAAGACGAAGCACAGGGAGCAGGUGAUGCAGGCCCUGGAGGACUUUGUAGCUGGCAACACUCAGAUUCUAAAACUCUACCUGCAGCGGUUGGAGGAACUCCGAUCAGUCCUUGAGCAGUCGCACUUCUUCAGGUCACACGAGGUCGUGGGCAGCUCUCUGCUGUUUGUGCACGACGCCUCAGGGAAGGCCCGUGUGUGGAUGAUCGACUUUGGGAAGACUGUUCCCCUGCCGGUCCCUAGCACCCUGGACCACAGGACUCCCUGGGUUGAGGGCAACAGGGAGGACGGCUACCUGUGGGGACUGGACAACCUCGUAGACAUCCUCAACAGCAUGCUCCCACAGACACCUUGAGAGGGACACUCGGAAGACUCCAAUGAAACAUUGGUCCAUGUCCCGAUGGUGGAAGAGACUGACGGAGAAAGGAUUAGUGUUCACGACCCACGCCAAGUUUCUUUAUCCUAUUGUUCCUGUGUAAGAAGAGGAUGAACGAACACAAGCGCAGGAUUUCUAUUGCAGAGUGGAAUAUGCCAAAGGCCGACUUCAUGCAUUAUGCUCCAUUUGUGGAACUUGUGGACAGAUGACCUGCGAUGAGUUGAGGCAAACAUUAAUAGGAAGAGGAAGAAUUGCAUUGAGAAUUGUAACUUUUGUCACAUGGAGAGUACAGUCCUCUGAAUCCAUGGAGCUCAGACAGUCACUUUUUCCACAUUGCUCAUCUCCCCCCCCCCCUCAGCAGCUCCCUCUGUUGGUUAGAGUUUGCACACAGCACUCUCACAACCAUGAACUUGAUCCAGAGGUAUGAAACCUUUUCACACGGAGCACUGGGUAACAGGAGUUUUAUUGUGUCAUGGACCAGUUAUGAUGUAUAAGUACACAGCAACACUAAAACACUGGUCAGACCAUGUGUUAACUAACUCAGUGUGUAAAUAAAUCUUUAUUUAAUGUUUUUUUGGCCUUGGUUUAACCUCACCUUGUUUGUACAAUUUCUGUGCCUCGCAUUUUUAAAGAGCUGUGUGAUCAUUCCAGUGCAGUGGACUCAUGCUAUUUUUCUUCCAAAGAGUUCACCCGAGUGUAAACUGAUUUACAAUAUAAUCCCAAAGUUGAACUUCUUGCAGAAAUGUGUUUGAUUUUUGUAUGAUAAUGCAGUGAAAGUCUUUUUUAAAAUCUCAUUUAACUGUGCAGUAAGCAGCUUGGCAGCCAUGUUUGUCUGGAGUUUGUUGCACUAUGGAUCCUCACAAAGCCAUUGAACAAAUCAAGCGGUGCCUCAGAGUGUCUUAAGAUGGGAAGCAGCAGUCAAGUUCUGGGUUUACAGAUCCAGACAUUUAGAAGUUCAUAACAUGAAUUUGUUGUUAUCACUUCAUUCUAUCUGAUCAGUGUUGCUUCAGAUCUAAAAAGAGUGGUGCAGAAAAGCAGUGGUGCAAAGGGUGGAAUGAAACUGGAAUUACCUGAUUAAACGGAGAAGUCUGUUUAGGCAUUUGUGAGGUUUCACUUAUGUGUGAGCUUACAUGUGAUCUUCAAAUGUAUCUAAUGAUUCAACGGAUGACGCAUAAUCAAAUACAAAAAUGUCCCUUUCAAACACAAGGACGUUGCUGUAAAUCUCAUUUGGCUAAACGAAACACAAGGUUUGUGGGGUUGAAUUGUUGUAUGUGGAGAGUUUACAAAGCAACUUUGUUAUGUUUAGAUAUUCGGUCAGUGCUUGUGACCAUAUCUGUUGAUCUUGACUGGAACGCAGCAGGUUGGAGAACACAACAGUCCCGUCAGUGUCAGGCAGCACAGGGCGGGUUUGUUCUCUGCAAACAUCUGAUUAUGAAAUUGGAAUUAAAUUCAGGAGUUUAGCUUUUCCAUUUCCUGAAUACUAAAACAUACUGGGAGAGAUGAAUAAUCUAGUGUUUACAAAGUAUUAUAUUUCUUUGCCCACAAAGUGUCUAUAUUUGUAAAAUGGCAAAAGUAAGAACUGGAUUCAUAACCACAUUUUGUAUUUUUAAAAAGGCAGCAUAUUUUUAGCCGCAAAGCAGACUGGUGAACAUUAUAAUGAAUUCCCUGCUUUGUCCAGGUCAUGGAUUGCAAUAAACUGGAAAUAAGAGUCUUCA